AUGGAGGGAGUUUCUCGUCUUAUCAAGGUUCAGUUUCCAUACUAUCUCAAAUCUUUACCGAUCCCCUCUACUUUCGGCGGAUUUGCAAAGCUUUCCGGCAAUGAGUGGGUGCAGCUGGUCCCUUUUGUAGUUACGACCUCUGUAGUUGUUUACUUGGUUAUUUCAGCGAUCCUACCUUCGAAUUCCAAGCCGUCGAAGAAGGCAGAUGCGGAUUGGGUGAACAAGACAAAGCAGAAGGAAAAAGAUAAAGUGGCCGAUAUUAUUCAAAUAGAAGAUUUAGGAGAAAAGACCGCUUUCUGUCGUUGUUGGAAGUCGAAAACGGUUUGUGCGAAUCACAUUUUUUGUUUUUGAUCUCAGGGGUCUGUGCCAUUAAAUAUCCUCGCCCUAACCCCCUUCUUCCCGCUUAUUGAGGACAAAAAUGUAUUUAAAUACAUAACCUUAAUUUUAACUCGAAUUUUAGAGCAUCUACAAUAUUCAACUGAUAUCUUUGAGCAAAAAAAUUAAGGUCUGUAAAACUGGUAGUUAAUGAUACUAUUCUCAGGGGACUCCGUAAUAAAAUAGCCUCAAAGUCUAUUACGUAACACGCUUGUGCAUUGUGGGCUUCUUAUUCAAGGUCAGUUUCUCUUCCCAAUAGCAUGCUCAGUCUUUUUGAUGUUCCCUCCACUUAUGUAUGUGCUCCGCCCACCUCCCUGGAAUGAUGAACUAACACCCACUCAGUAACACUCCCCGCUCCUACCACCUUGGGCUGAGUCUCCCAUAUCAUAAUCAUUAAGGCAUUGUUUGCAGAUACUGAUCAAAUGUAUCAAGACUUUGUACACAUCUCUUAAAAUCAGGAAAAGUUGAGUUUCACGCCCCAAGAAAGACAAAAUCAAACUACCAACACAUUCCCCCUGCAGAAAAAGAGAACAUAUGUCUUAAAGAAAUCAAAUGUAUUAACAUUUUCACCCACCCCCUUCGAAAUUGUAACCAGGAGCGGAUCCAGGAUUUUAAAUGGGGGUUGGCUGAUACUAAUCGGCCUCCAAUAAUAUUUUAUAUGUUAAUUUAUUGCGAGUUGUCCUAUGAUUGUCCCAAAACAUGGCGAUUUAGGAAGGACGAAGGCUGGUUGGCCUCACAAGGCUUUUUGGGACCCACACGUUUCUAUAUGCUUUGUGACCAACGUAUUUUCAUUUGUUUUUUCACGUAUGAUAUUUUUUGGUGGGCUAUUCUAAAGGGGAGUGGCUAGCCACCUGAACCACCCCUGGUAACCCCCUUACCCCAGGAUUCCUUUGCCUCCAAUGAAAGUUAAUCAAACCUGAAUGAAUCAAUUGUGUUCUGAAACCCUUUAACCCAUAAGAGUGAUCACCAUCCAAACAUUAAUUUCACAAGUAUAACAAAAAUGAUCACUUGAUUGCUAUGCAAAGUAUUGUCAGUUCCACAGGAAAAGUACAGUUCAAUAACUUGAACUUGGAUAACUCGAAUUCCCUGCUAACUCAAACUGAAUUCCCUUCACUUGAACUGUUUUUUGUUUCCCUUCAGAGUUCAAGAUACCAGGGUUCUACUGUAUUAAGAACAACUAUGAAGAUACUGAAUUCUGUUCUAUGAGUUUUAGCAGGCUCAAAUCAGUGAAGUAACAGGUUUUCUCCUUAUUUUCAGUUCCCACUCUGUGAUGGAAGCCACAAUCAACACAACAAGGAAACUGGUGACAAUGUUGGCCCCUUAGUGUGCAAGCGAGCAAAUCCAUCUUCAUAAUGUGUCUGUCGUCGUUAUAAGGAAACAGCAAUUUGUGUUUGGUUUAUGUUGACUUUAUUUUCAGUUUUACAAUUAUGUACUUGUAAUACAUCAUGUUCUGUCAACAUGUACGUUAUGCUAGUAAUUACAUUAACUAAAGGGUGUACUGUGGAUGUAUGAACUUUCAUCAAGGUCCAUAUCUGCUUUUAAAGAUUUUAUACAAUAAGCAAUAUUCUUUGCUAAAUUUUCCAGGAAGUGCAAAAUUAAAAAAAUAAUGGACAAAGGUUAAUGACUCUAGUUUGUUGUUCCUGCUUUCUAGUAUAUUGCAAAGAACCACUAGCAUUUGUUUAAGUCAGGGUAAAUAAAAUGAAAAAGUCGAAGUAUUUUUGUGUGGCAGUGCUGAAAAAUAAUGGACAAAGGUUAAUGGCUCUAGUUUGCUUUUUGCUGCUUUCUAAUAUAUUGCAAAGAACCACUAGCAUUUGUUUAAGUCAGGGUAAAUAAAAUGAAAAAGUCGAAGUAUUUUUGUGUGGCAGUGCUGAAAAAUAAUGGACAAAGGUUAAUGGCUCUAGUUUGCUUUUUGCUGCUUUCUAAUAUAUUGCAAAGAACCACUAGCAUUUGUUUAAGUCAGGGUAAAUAAAAUGAAAAUGUCAAAGUAUUUUUGUGUGGCAGUGCUGAGACUGUUUGCAGAACUUGAACUACUGUCUUUGUCAGAUUAGCCUCGAUCACGAUUACGAUAGCCGGAAACGAUAACGUGAGGUCGUAAAAUCGUGACGAUUUUAAUCGGGCAAAAAAUCUCUUGUUUCCCAGAAACGGUUAGUGAUCCAAAUUUUGGGGGCACGAGUCGUCUGCGUCUUCGCCUGUCUUCACCUUGCACGUUGAAUUAGCGUAAGAAAUAACAGAGCGAUAAAAGGAAAAAACAUCUCUUUGAUCUGCUAGAUCCCUGCGCAUCUUACCA